AUGUCCACGUUGAUGAGUCACUACAGUGACGAGGCAUUGGCGAGGAUGAUCAUGGCGGGAUAUGAGGCUCCAAGUACGGCAAACAUCGCCAAGCGGUUGGAAUCCGAGCUGCAACGAGAUUGGCUUCUUGCUAAGCAAUCCCCAAAUGACGUCUUCAUCAUGCUGAAUCUUAAGAGAACAAGGGCCAAGAUGAUUGAGAAUCCGCUUUUCCGUGUUUGGUGCAACUACGGACUCUAUUUCAACAGAAUGAACUUGAAAACGAAGUGGGAUCCUAUCGUGGAGUUGACCCAAGUCUACGGCGGUGACAAACAACUCGCGAGCAUGCUGGUGGCGGCGAUGAAAACCCCUAGUACCGAAAUAGUGGCGACCAAGUUGCAGAGCUGGCAGGUUUCCCUGUGGUUGACGAGAAGGAUGAAACCAGCAAAGGUUCAUUCUCUCCUGGGUGUAGAGGGAACUAUGGCGGACGAUGUGAGUCAAUUUCUUUACAAACAAUACGUUGCGGCCUAUGAAAAAUACAUCGGUCCUAGUACAGGAUAA